ACAUGUGUCCCGCCGGGCGGGCGGCGUACCGUGCCCGCGCUUCCCAAACUACCCCUCCCCCUAAAAGCAAAAGGGCGGAGCGAGCGGGGGGCCCGUAGCCCGUAGAGGAGCAAAUUAUUUUUGUUGCGAGGGAGCGCCUUGCCUCCUUCCUCUCCGUGCGAAACACCAGCGGCGGCGAGAAAGAGCGGGACAGCAAUGGCGUCGGGCUCCCUCCUCGGCUGCGCAAUCCUCGUCCUUCUCUGACGAGCGCUGGAGCGUCCUCUGGCGAAGCAACGAGUCCGUGCGGGAGCUUCCCCUGUCCGGUGACCGGUCCGUGCGCGUGCGGCGCCCAUGGAGGCCUACUCGAGGGACCUGCUGCGCGGCCUCGGCGGGGGAGACGAGGCCGGUCGGGGCGAGGAGAAGCCGCGGCGCUUGGAUUCGCAGGCCGAGGAGGUCGAGCUUAGCCUCGGGCUGUCGCUCGGGGGCCGGUUCGGGCAGGAGAGGAGGAGGGGCGAGGGGCUCGCCAGGUCCUCGUCGGUCGCCUGCAUCCAGCAGGCGGCGCUGGCGCCGCCCGCGCUCGGCAGGACGAACUCGCUGCCGACCAUGGCGGAGGCGGAGGCGGGGAACGACCCCGCUUCCCCUAGGAGCGGCGCUGAGGUCCAGCCGCAGGGGAGUGGUGCCCCUCUUAACGGCGUCGUGGCGGAGCCCGCAGCUUUGCCACGGGCGAGCUUGAGCCCGUCCCCAGGCUCGUCGGACGGCCAAGGGAAGCUGCGGGCGAGCUUGAGCCCCCCGUCCACAGGCUCGUCGGACGGCCAAGGUACCAUCACGAGGACAAGUUCACUCCCUGCUGGCAUUGAGGAUGGGUGGAGGAAGAGGAAGUUAGCCCACACUCUCGAAAAGCUCGGGAUGAAGAGGAGGAUCGAGACGAUGAACUCUUCCAACGUUUCUGGAGAGGACAUUGGAGAGAAAGUAGAAAAUUACGAUGAUCCUUCUAUGAAGAGUGAGCAGGCAGGAGGAAUGCCAAAAGUACAAAGAAUGAACCAUAGCAAUGUCAGGCGUCGCUCAAGUGGGCUUCCUCCACCAUAUCAGCCUCCGGCUGCAUCACAACGUAGCUGCUUGCCAGGGAAUCCAAGAAGGCAAAACUCAGCUUUGAAAGGAACUCCUGGCGCUCCUGAGCGGAGCCUGUCAUCGGCUGUUCUGCCCUCGUCUGAGGGUGCAAAGAGCACUGCCGUGACAACCUCUUCAUCUUCAGCAUCGGCGGUGAGAGCAGCAUCCCUUGUCAUCUCCAAAGGAGAGCAGCAAGAUGGUUCAGAAAGGACCGCUGCAAGAGCGAGUGCGGCAGACAUGAUGGUGCGGAAGAUGCCACCGGUGUACACCAGUGGGCUCCCCAACUGCGAGAGGAUCGACGGCUUCCUGUACCAGUACAGCAGAGUUGACGAGGUGAGGAUUGUGUGCGUGUGCCAUGGUAGUUUCCUGACUCCGACGGAGUUUGUGGCGCAUGCUGGAGGCGGCAAAGUCGCCAACCCGAUGAGGCACAUCGUCGUCAACCCCCCGUCUUCGCUUUAGACCGGCGCGUGCAUGCAGGUCGAGCAAGUGCUCCGUGUGUGGCUUCAGCAGCCCUAAGCUUAGCUUGGAAUUAGAAAUCUCAUCGUGAGACUGCAUUUUAUGUUUUACAGACUUUUACAUCACAGUGCUUAUUAUCCUGAACUGAAGACAUGGUGGGAGAUUUGCUCCUGCAGACAACUAAAUAGCAAACAUAUGACAGGUUGAACAUUA